AUGCCUUCUUGGACCAUCACCAACGACGACAAGAUGAGCAGUUGGCGGGACCAGCUCUCACCCCGGAAUUUGAGUUUCCGGGGUCUUAGAAGAGCUUCAGAGUCGGUGGCAAAGACAAACUCUUCGUCGACAAAAAACGACUUUACUAUGAAGCAUUUUCCUGACCGUCCUACAAGGAGGAUCACUGAAGCCGAGAUUCCCAGCGACGAAGAUUGUAAAAAGACACUUACAAACAUGAGAAAGGCGUCAUUAUCAGAUCAUAUACAUAUACAUCGACGACACGAAUACCAUCAUCAGCAUCAAAACCAAUUAUCUCCAGUGCCAGAGCCAAUGCCUACGCCUGAAGAAUAUUUCACAAUAAAAGUACCCAAGAUUGAGCUGCCUCGGAUAGAGCAACCAGAGCCAUCACCACGAUCUCCACCACAACGAUCUCAGUCAGAACGAGCUCGGCCAGAACAGCUUCAGACUGAAAAGCCUCGAGCACAGCAGCCGUCAAGAUUAACAUUUGGACCUUUCAUCGGUCAAUUCAAAUCUGCUUACGGGCCACUUACACCAGCCCAAGAAGAACCCAAUGCACUUGAAAAUGCAGAUAUCGCAGGGCCCACGACAACACCGGAUGGACUACAAAUACCAGGAGCGCCGAUAGAUAUUCGAAAAAGUAUUUUGGCUGUCGAUGACCUCAACUUGGCAACUGAACCAGCUCCUUCGCCAGUUGUCAUCAGCGAGGCCAAAACCAUCAGGCUCGAACGAGUAGACAACACACAAACGCCUGGUGUCUCACCUUUCUCAUCACCACGACCCAGCAAUGCUUCAUCGUCAGGAUGGCCUAUGCGAAAACCGUCAGUUCAAAUGGUUGCUAUUCGACGUUCGUCACAGGACUCUCAGCGGCGCAAACCUUCUGUCCACACAGUAGUCGUGAGGCGCUCCUCAACAAAACCUCAUUCAGACGCCCUCAACUCACAUCCAACUCACUCAUCUACUGCGCAAGUCCAUGUUCGACAAAAUAGCGCCUCAGAUCCUUUGUGUCGUGUGUGUCACACUGGAAUCGCUGAAAGGUCUGGUACUUGCUCCAUUUGCGACAAUGACUCUAUGCCAGCGAGCCCCGUCGAAAGUGGCCCUAACUUUUCGAGGCUUCAUCAUAAACCAACCGUCAAGAGGUACAACCGUCCUCCACCUCUAGUCCCUCAAUCCCUCGACAGUAUCGCAAAGCUCCAUCGUCCAUCGGCAUCUCUUACAUCAGACCCAGAAGCCAACCAAAUCUCACCGCCACCAUCACCCGGAUCUCGCAGUAGUAGCACAGCUGAGACUGUCAAGACUCUCGCUACUGGUCCUUCUGUACCUCCAACGCCCAUGUCAGCGCUAUCGACACCUGAGGUAUUCAAGCGAUUCCAAGAAGAAGUCGAGAACCGAGCCAAGUCAGAUGAUAGUCCCGCAUUUGACGAUCCUUGGAUGAUCAAGCCCAAAACUCCCGAGGACGAUGUAUAUGAAGAUGACUGGGCCGAUUACUACUUUGACGAGCAAAACUUCAAUGCUGGACCUGGCAACGAGACUCAAGACCCAAUGCCUGGUUUGCAUUUCGUCCCAAGCCCAGUCUGUCCAGGUCCAGGAUGGAUCUGA